AUGGUCAAAAAACUGGUGAGCAAUAAUAAUGAUGGAAUUUGGAAUAUUUUUCAUUAUCAACAACAACAACAAAAAAGACUUGAUGAUAAUAUGUGGAAAUUUGUUGCGAAGGAAGAAGAGGUUGGUUUAGUUUUUUUAUUAAUUUGGACAGACAUUGUUGCAGGACAUCUUAAUUUUUUUGGGUUCGUGAAAUCUAUUAAUCAAAUUGAAAAUUAUUCAAGGACUUAAGGAUGUAUCCAAUUUAUGUUUCGACACACAUUUUAUGAUUCAGCCUCUUUCAUCAUACCUUUUCGAAAUCCACAAAUUUUUUGUUUUGAAAUUCCAGUUCCUUAAAAAUUUUGGUAUCCAAAUUUUGUGUCCACAAAAAAUGUCUGUUUUACAAAUUUUUUAUUUUCGAGAUUUUUUAAAAUUUUCUAAUCCGUUUGUAAGUCCCCUCCUCCUUUUCCUGCAAAAUUAUUUUUUAUUUACAUUAAACAAAUUUUU